AUGUCAGCUAAAGCUAUCUCCGAGCAGACAGGAAAGGAGUUCCUGUACAAGUACAUCUGCACGUCAGCCGUUGUUCAGAACCGAUUCCGCUACGCCAAUGUGACGGCUGAGACCAACUUUGAUCGACUGGUGCAGGAACAUCCGUGGCUUCUCACAGAGAGGCUGGUGGUGAAGCCAGACCAGCUGAUUAAGAGAAGAGGAAAGCUGGGCCUGGUGGGCGUGAACCUGGACCUUCAUGGCGUCAGAGAGUGGCUAAAACCCCGCCUCAUGAGGGAGACAAACGUGGGAAAAGCCAAAGGAGUCCUUAAGAACUUCCUGAUCGAGCCCUUCGUCCCCCACAAACAGGAGGAGGAGUUUUAUGUCUGCAUCUACGCCACCAGAGAAGGAGACUACGUGCUGUUUCACCACGAGGGAGGGGUGGACGUAGGAGACGUGGAUGCCAAGGCACAGAAGCUGCUGAUUAGGGUGGAUGAAAAAAUCAGCGAAGAUGCAGUAAAGAAAGAGCUGCUGACCCACACUCCAAAUGAGAAGAGAGAGAUCCUGGCCAGUUUCAUCGUAGGAUUGUUCAACCUCUAUGAAGAUCUCUUCUUCACAUACCUGGAGAUCAACCCACUGGUGGUGACAAAAGACGGAGUUUACGUGCUGGACAUGGCAGCCAAGAUCGAUGCCACGGCUGACUACAUCUGCAAGGCCAAGUGGGGGGAUGUUGAGUUCCCACCGCCCUUUGGGAGAGAAGCCUAUCCUGAGGAGGCGUACAUUGCUGACCUGGACGCCAAAAGUGGUGCCAGCCUUAAACUGACCCUCCUCAACCCCCGAGGCAGGAUUUGGACUAUGGUGGCAGGGGGAGGUGCCUCGGUGGUCUACAGUGACACGAUCUGCGACCUAGGUGGUGUAGAUGAGCUGGCUAAUUAUGGAGAGUAUUCUGGGGCUCCCAGUGAACAGCAGACCUACGACUACGCCAAAACCAUCCUGUCGUUGAUGACGAGAGAGAAGCAUCGGGAUGGAAAGGUUUUGAUCAUAGGGGGCAGCAUUGCAAACUUCACCAAUGUGGCAGCCACCUUUAAGGGCAUCGUCAGAGCAAUCAAAGACUACCAGGAGCCGCUGAAGGAGCAUGAGGUCACCAUUUUCGUCCGCCGUGGAGGCCCCAACUACCAGGAGGGUCUCCGAGUGAUGGGAGAAGUUGGUAAAACCACAGGGAUCCCCAUUCAUGUGUUUGGCACAGAAACUCACAUGACGGCCAUUGUUGGCAUGGCCCUGGGCCACAGGCCAAUCCCCAACCAGCCUCCUGUUGCUGCCCACACCGCCAACUUCCUGCUCAACUCCAGCGGCGGCCAGUCGACUCCAGCCUCCAGCAGAACGGCCUCUUUUUGUGAGAGUAAAACCAGGAUCGAGGGCUCUCCGACCAAGAAGGCCAAGAGUGGAACUCCACAGGCCAAGGCAACGACCCUCUUCAGCAAACACACCAAGUCCAUCGUGUGGGGCAUGCAGACUCGGGCGGUGCAGGGAAUGUUAGACUUCGACUACGUCUGCUCCAGGGAGGAGCCGUCUGUGGCAGCUAUGGUCUACCCAUUCACGGGAGACCAUAAACAAAAGUUCUACUGGGGCCAUAAAGAGAUCCUCAUCCCUGUGUAUAAGAACAUGAGCGACGCGAUGAAGAAGCACCCUGAUGUGGACGUGCUUAUCAGCUUCGCCUCGUUGCGUUCGGCCUUUGAUAGCACCAUGGAGACCAUGCAGUAUCCACAGAUUCACACCAUUGCCAUUAUCGCUGAAGGCAUCCCUGAAGCUCACACUAGGAAGAUCAUCAAGGCAGCAGAUGAGAAGGGGGUUACAAUCAUUGGACCGGCAACUGUCGGUGGAAUUAAGCCAGGUUGUUUCAAAAUAGGUAACACAGGGGGAAUGUUGGAUAACAUCCUGGCCUCCAAACUCUAUCGACCAGGCAGCGUGGCAUAUGUGUCCCGCUCGGGUGGCAUGUCCAAUGAGCUCAACAACAUCAUCUCCCGUACCACCGAUGGUGUUUUUGAGGGUGUGGCCAUUGGCGGGGACAGAUACCCAGGAUCUGUGUUUACUGACCAUGUGCUGCGCUACCAGGAUACUCCUGGAGUAAAAAUGAUUGUGGUACUAGGAGAGAUUGGAGGCACAGAGGAAUACAAGAUCUGCCAAAACAUAAAACAGGGCCGCAUCACCAAGCCUGUGGUCUGCUGGUGUAUUGGUACCUGCGCCACCAUGUUCUCCUCAGAGGUUCAGUUUGGUCACGCAGGUGCCUGUGCCAACCAGGCAUCUGAGACAGCAGUGGCCAAGAACAAGGCUCUGAAAGAAGCCGGUGCCUUUGUCCCGAAGAGCUUCGAUGAGCUGGGCGAGGUGAUCAAGUCUGUCUACGAUGACCUUGUGUCCAACGGCGUUAUCCAGCCAGCCCAAGAGCUUCCUCCUCCAGCUGUGCCAAUGGAUUACUCCUGGGCCCGUGAGCUGGGCCUUAUCCGUAAACCAGCUUCCUUCAUGACCAGCAUAUGUGACGAGAGAGGUCAGGAGCUCAUCUACGCAGGCAUGCCCAUUACGGAGGUCUUCAAGUCAGAGAUGGGCCUGGGGGGAACACUGGGUCUGUUGUGGUUCCAGAGGAGGUUGCCCAGGUACGCCUGCCAGUUCAUAGAGAUGUGCCUAAUGGUGACUGCGGACCACGGCCCUGCUGUUUCUGGUGCACACAACACCAUAGUGUGCGCACGAGCCGGCAAAGAUCUCAUUUCCAGUCUCACCUCGGGUCUCCUCACCAUUGGGGAUCGUUUUGGAGGAGCUCUGGACGCUGCGGCAAAGCAGUUCAGCAAAGCGUUCGACAGUGGGAUGCUGCCCAUGGAGUUUGUCAACAAGAUGAAGAAAGAUGGAAAACUGAUCAUGGGCAUCGGACACAGAGUCAAGUCGAUUAACAACCCAGACAUGAGAGUCCAGAUCCUGAAGGACUUUGUCAAGCAGCACUUCCCCUCCUCCAGCCUGCUGGACUAUGCUCUGGACGUAGAGAAGAUCACCACGUCUAAAAAACCCAACCUCAUCUUGAAUGUGGACGGCUUCAUCGGCGUUGCCUUCGUGGACCUGCUCAGGACCUGUGGUGGUUUUACAAGAGAUGAAGCUGAUGAGUUUGUGGAAAUCGGAGCUCUGAAUGGAAUCUUUGUCCUGGGACGGAGCAUGGGAUUCAUUGGACACUAUUUGGACCAGAAAAGACUGAAGCAGGGUCUCUACCGCCACCCGUGGGACGACAUCUCCUACGUGCUCCCUGAACACAUGUCUAUGUAAUCAAAAGGGAUUCGUACUCACAGGUCCUGUCACGCACGCUGUAAAUCUUUAGGCUCUCACUGUGAUCCAUCAGUUUGCAGCAGUGAUGUAACAUCAGUGUUGUAAAUGUGAAGAGUAGUAGAAUAGUAGAAUGUAAUAGACCUGUUGUUUUGUACUCCUCAUACGUACUCCUCAUCCCUGCUGUUCUGCGACUAACACAGAGCUGUGGAGUCAGAGUCGAUCCUAUUCUUCAAUGUAGCGGUUUGACUGUCGUCAACUAAACCUUAAUCCCAUACAGUACGUUUCCACUGAACAGUACCAGCAAUAUUGGCUCUAUUUCAACAGCAUUCCCAAAACUUGACUGCGAUACCGUGUUAACUCCUAUAUACUGUAAUACUGGCUCAAAGACAGGGAGUGGUUUUAAUGCAAACAAAAGUCCUGGUACCUGGUUUACCUCGUAGCUUCUUAUCUCUGUGGUGGAAAAGUAGUUGCAUGAUACUACAGUACAUCCAGCUAUGGAAAUGCCUUUGGCUUCCACACCGAAGUACUGUACAGUACAUGCCCCCCCUCACCCCGUCAAAAAGUAUAAAUGAUAUGUAUUAUAGUAGCAUGUACUGUACACCUGACUCUCAGACUGUUGUGUAACUGUGCUAUACGUAUCCACCACUGGCUUGUUACACCAAACUAAUACGUAGUGCAAUAAUAUAGAGUAGAGAUUUAUUUAUGUAUAGAUGUUUUCACAGAAGCAACCGAAGAAGACAAAGAUAAGAUGCUGUUUUGGAGCUUAAGGUGGCAAAUGGGACAAUUUUUCAUGGGUUUCAAAUCAUUUUUCUCAGCUGUUUUCUUGUCACGAAGAUGUUUUUCCAAUGCAUCCAUCCAGACGUACUUAGUCUUGUGUCAAGUUUGCAGUUCAGCUCAUACCGAUAAUUCUUUGUUUUCCAGUCUGUUAUUAUAAUUAUAAUUAUUAUUGUUAUUAUCAUUUGCAUAUAAUGCAAUUAAACCAGUUGAAUCGCAGGUCAGAGAAAGUGCAAGCCUGUAGGAAUUUGACUCGCGUUCCCGAGCACGUUGUUAGCGGUCGCUUCCUCUUUAUCACAUAGAAUGAAAGUGCCAGACCAGGCUCUCAUUGGAAUCUAACAAGAUUAUACACUAGGUAGGUCUUCAAGGUUUCCUGUGAAUGUGCCACCACUGCAGAAAAUCUUGUGAACAAUCCAGAAAUCAUACCAGCGUCGUCACAAUUGUUUCUCCUUAAUGUGAAAAAGAAAAACGUGCCUCCAUGAUACUGUUUUUAAAAACUGUGUUGUUUGAGUCAAGUAGGUGUAAUUGAUGUGAUAAUAAAGGACAAUUUAAAACAUAUUGGGUAAGGGGGUGUUGUACCAGUAUAAAUCUUUAAAUGUGGCCAUUUUUGACCUUGUUUUUUUAGGAGCAUUUCAGAUUAUCACAAAGGCAAUUUACUCGUUCUGGGAAACAACUAAGCUUUUGCAUUUUGGCUAUUGUAGCUUUUUUUCCAAGUUAAGAACAUAAUUAUUUUUGCUAAGUGAUCAAUUUAAAAAAGUAAACGUAAAAAGUGCUAAUAACUGAGCUAAUUUUAGCUGUUGGAUUGCUAACUUUAUUUGAUCCCAGUUAAGAAAUGUCUUGGCUACACAUUGAAUAACAUUUUUUGCUAAUUUAAAAAUUAUUUUCCCUUUGGUCAUUUUUCUGAAGUCUGGGCCCUGAACCCUUAGCAACCAGGAAGGGUUCAGUUGCUUGUAGCAGCUAGCUAAUGUCUCCUUUGAUGUAGUUAGUGUUUUUUUUUUUUUAAUUUAAUCAAAGGAAAAAGUUUUUGUUUUGUCACAGCUGUAAUAUUUUGGCACUGCUUUUUUGUUUCUUUAGUAACCAUUCAUUGGAAAGCUCUGGAAAUGUUCACUUUUAUUUUGGAAAAUGUAUUAUAUAUUUUACAGGAGGAUAUAAACCCACACCCUUACAAUAUACAUUGAUAUUUCAUGAGCUCAUGUCAUAAAACAAUGUGUUUCUAAAUUAAACAAUUUUAGCCUGUUAGCUAAAUUGUCAUGCAUUAUAUCCACCAAUCAACAUUGUAAUGUCGAUGUGGUUUCUUCAAGCCUGUUUCAGUGAAAUUAGUCACAGCAGUUAAUCACCAAUCCUUGGUUAGAAUAUUCAAUCAUCAUCAUCAUCAUCAUCAUCGUCAGUGCCUUUGAUAAUGUGAUAGUAACAUCUUACAAACAGUUUAAAAGAGCGUCUUGUCCAAAGAUACAGUACCUUUGGCCAGACAUGUCCAGUGUUCAGUUAGAAGUUAAGGGUGGUGCUGCGACAGACUGCAUGUGGCCCACAACUUCUUUCUUAAAAUCUUUAUUUUAUGGAUCUCCAUCAAGGUAGGGACUACAUUUUCUUUUUGGAAAAUAAUAAAUCAACUGUAUUUUGGCCUAUGUUCUGCUCCAUCUGGUACUAGACAGACACGUCUCAGCCCCGUGCAACCACAGCUUGGAAAUAGGGAACAAAAAGCUGGUCCUUUGGCAGCACUGACAAAUCCAAAAAAGGUUGAAAUUGUCUAAUUUUGAGAGAUUUUCUCAUGAUCCUGAAGUCAAAUUAUUUUAAUUGUAUGUUACUAACGAUAGAACUAUUUGAAACGAAGGAAAGUGCUGGCUGAAAGAAGAACAAAUGUCUCAUGUCCUAGAAUGUGUUGAACUCCACCUAUAACAAGUUUAAUUGAUUGUGUGCUGCUAUUGUGGUAUGUAUGUAUGAUCAAACGAAAUAAAAAUCCGCUAAAAAGUAA